AUCGAACGUAAAAAUCAAAAACAAACAACCCCUUGAUUGACUGGUAAAAAAAUCAAGCAAUUCGAGUACAUGUAUUUUUUUUAGAAUAGAGGAAAAGAUAUAUUCAUACCAUUUCGAAAUGAAUUCCAUCAAGCAGAAGAUUCAAAUUUUAUUCGAAAAUGAACUAUAUUCCAACGUAGUGAAGAUUUGCGAUUUGAUUCUCACAUCUGGAGAUAAAAAGCUUGAUUAUUUUGAUGAACUGCUAUUGAGUAGUUACCACGCAGAUUCUUUAUUUGCUCUUGGUCAAUUUGUCAAUGCCGAAAAGUAUUUUAGAAAAUGUAUUACAAUGAGAAAAAACAUUUCUAGGAACAAGCAUGUGAAAUCCUCAGAUAAAUGCAAUGAAUUACCUAGAGAUGUAGAUUUGAAGUACAAGGUUCAUUUAUGUCUUUUAUCAACCAAAAAGAAGAAAGAAGCUUUGGAAGUCUUACAAAGUAUAAAGGGUAAGCAUAGAACUGUCAAGAUAAAUAUGGCUUUGGGUUCGUUAUUGAUGGAGGUUGGGAAAGAUCGACUCGCUACGAUAGCUUUCAAAGAAGUUUUAGAAGAAUGUCCUUUUGCUAUUGAAGCAGCUGAAAAUUUACUGAAACUUGGUGUGAAGGGUGCUGAUGUCAACUCUUUAACUGUAGAAGCAACAAAUGAUGUUGGCUGGUUACAAAUAUGGUUGAAAGCUCAGGCACAGCUGUAUUCCAAAGAUUUUUGGAAUGCUAUAGAAACUCUAGAACAAUUAGAUGUUCCACAGUAUUUGAAAGACAAUGUACAUUUGUUAGUUACCAUAGGAUAUUGUUACCAUUAUUUAUGUGAGGACCAAAAAGCUAUAGAUGUCCUACAGAGAGCAUAUAAGUUAGAUUCAAAUAUGAGAAGAGGCUUAGAUUUACUUUCAACAUUAUUAGUUGAUACUGAAGAUGAAACUCAAUCCGAUUUCUUAGAGAGUCUUAUACCACAAACUGAUAUGAGUUCAUGGUAUCCCGAGCAUUGGAUUGUAUUUGCUAAUUAUAUGUGUAACUGUAAGAACUAUGAAAAAGCAGGAUUAUUUGCACACAAGGCUUUGUUGGUAGGGGGAGAAAACAAUAUAGAGGUUUUAUACGUGAAAGCAUUUUGCUUUUUUAAAAUGGGAAAAUAUAAUGAUGCUGCAGCACUGUGUUUGGAAGCACUCCAAAUUUGCCCUUAUCGACUAGAUGUUUAUAAGAUUCUUGUUGAUUGUUACUUGAAAAUAAAUAGGAUCACAGAUGCCGAUGCGAUGGCUUUGAAUGCUUGUAAGCAGAUGAAUAAUUCUCCCCACGCUUUGAAGCUUCAUGCAAAAGUUCUGUUGAAAGACCCAGCAGCAAAUGCUAAAGCCAUAAAAAAAAUCUUGGAAAAGGCAGUAUCUGUGCCUCAUCAGUCAUCAACCAACACUGUGAUCAUUCUAGCGCUAUUUUUGCAACAGCAGUCUCAAUAUGAAUAUGCUGAACAGCUAUUAUUGAAACAAAUCAAUUCACAACCAUCUUCCCGAUUAUACCUUCUGCUUGGUGAUUGCUACGUCAAUUUAUCGAAAGAAGAAGAUGCAUUUGAAUGUUACACCACUGCUCUAAGGUUGGAUCCGACAAAUCAGAGAGCUGUGGAAUGUCUGAAUAUGUUACUUCCUAAUUUCUCCAAUAACAAAAACGAAAGUUACUACACUACAUGUGAAGGAGGGACAUCUCACCCUUCUCAAAGUACUCUUGCCUCAGAAAGAGAUGUGGAAAGCGAUCCGGAAUAUUGGCCAAAUAACUCAGAAAUCAUAACGAUAGACUAGCCUGACUGUAAUGUAGAUACUCUACAACUUGUGAUAUUAGUUAUAUGAUCUGGCUGUUUUAGAAUAAUUUGUAUACAGUGUGGAAUAUGAUAAUAUUUUCAGUGUUGAAUUAUUAUUGUGAUAAUUUUUAUUUUAAUUGAUUUUUUCAUUGUGUGAAAUGUACUGAAUAAUUUACUCAAGAAAUGGAGAAU